AGUUAGCAAUAAGCAACAGUUAGCUUUGCGUUUGAUGUUGUGAUUAAAGGUCGCCGGGAAGCAAAAUGUCGGAGCAAACGAUAACUAUGACAGUCGCAUACGGAUCCUCUAAGCACAGCAUCACGCUAACAGGACAUGAGGAUGGAAAAGGACCCACUGUUAAAGACCUGUCAGAUGCUCUCGCUCAAGCCACCGGAGUCCCACCUGCCUCUCAGAAACUUAUCUUUAAAGGGAAGUCACUGAAAGACAUGGAAGAGAGCCUUUCCAGCUAUGGAAUAAAAGAAGGCUGCAAACUCAUGAUGAUUGGAAAGAGGAACAGCCCAGAGGAAGAAGCUGAACUGAGGAAACUCAAAGACAUUGAGAAAUGUGUGGAGCAGAUGGCCAAGAAGCUGGAGAAGGUAGACGGGGAGUUGACUGGACUGAAAAAUGGCUUUCUCGCCAAAGAUCUCCAGGCAGAGGCCUUGGGUAAACUAGACCACAGAGUAAAAAUAGCAGCUGAGCAGUUCAUGAAGAUCUUGGAGGAGAUAGAUGCUAUGAGUGUUCCAGAAAAUUUCAAUGACUGCAGAAUGAAGAAAAAAGGACUAAUAAAAACAGUGCAGGAUUUCCUCGCCCAGUGCGACAAAAUCGAGGCUUGUAUAUCAGACCAUCUAUCAAAGAUCCAGUCAAAAAACCUGGCUUUGGCAGAAUAGUGCAGUCUCUUUAGUCACUUAUUCUAUACAUUGCUCUGUGAGCAAUGGCAAAGUGUGCAGAAAGCUUCACGUGUGAAGCAGAUCCUGGUUUAUUUAUUGCUGGUGUGAAGCAAAUGAUCAAGUGGAAAGAAGGAUGCUGGUUAUCAGGAACGAUGUUGGAUACGUAACACAAGCAAAUCCUCUUGGUUCAAGACAGAUGCAAAGUGCCGACUGAGAAACUUUGACCAUGAACUUGCAGGAAAUGGAUCACAUGCCAUUUUAAUUAGCUAAAAGAGCUGUCAAUGCCAAAUAUCUUAAAAUGUCCCGUUUGUUGCCCUGUAUGUCUAAAACAUAAUGAGUUUUGUUCCUCAUUGUGCACAAGCUGCAGUGAAUGAUUUAUGAUCAGAAAUAUAUAGACACUGUUUAAUUGGGGAAGUUCCAAAAAGCAAUAUCCACUCAGGAUAGUGGAUUGUUCCCAUUGGGCCACAAGAGGCUUAUUAUGUUGUGGGAUAAACAUUUAUUGCCCUUAUGGGUCUGAAUGGGUCACUGUUCCCUGGCUUUUACCUGCCAUGCUGUCUUUUGAGAACAAGCAAUCAACUAGCGACCUUGUACAAGGCGUACCCUGCCUCCCACCCCCCAUGACCAUGAAUUGUGAAAAGUGGUUAAGAAAACUGAUGAGUGGAUUUUCCAAUAUGAGUCUGGCACUUGUGAGACUGGCAAAUUUUCUUCAUCAUAUGUGAUAAGCAAAAUUUAUUUGGGUUUUAAACUGAUUGGCCCAGAGCAAUAACAGCAAAAUUACAAGUAAAAAAAGAAAAGGUUAGUACUGCAGGAGUGUCCAUAUAUCGCAAUCGCAUGUACUAUAUUCAACAUCAAGAAUCCUAAGAAAUCAAGCACCUAAAUCCAGUGGCUGAUCCUGAGUGUUCAUAUAUCUUUGAAUCUUGUGCUAAGACUGAUGCAUCACAUCGAAUUCUUUGGUUUUAAAAUAAAACUUUAAAAAAAA